AUGGAUGCGGAUAGCUCUAUAAACGACUGGUCUAGUGACGAUGCGAGCGAGUCUCAGCCCUGUGAUUUCGCCGAUUCCGAGGACGAGCAUUCUCAGCAACUGACUCUAACUCGACGCAGCCAGCUGAGACCUGCCGGAAAUGGCCUUGCAUUCGUUCCUUACGCUGACUGGAGGCCAGGACGAUCGUAUAACCAGCAGCCAGCCGAGAAUAUCUGGUAUGAUGUGGAAUGGAAGCUGUCUGUGAACAACAGGCGGAAGACGGGCGAAUCAGAACCGGGGAUUGCGUUAUCGCCACGCCAGUUCUGGAAAUACGUCCUCCAGCCGAAGUUACAAGCUGUUAUGAAAAGUGCCAAGAGUCCCUUGACAGCUUCCGAUACGCAAAUCCUCUUGUCCGUUAGUGACCGUAAAACGAGCAGCAUAACAAAGCGGUUUUCAAAGUUAGAUAUUAACUGGCUAUUUGUGGCAAAGCAACUACAAGAAUGGAGCCGGUUCUUGACAGACGACAAGAGGACAAAAGCAGGACAGCUCCCGCAGUGCGCGGGGCCAAUGCCACUCAAGGUGCAGAGAGAGGCUCGAAUUAGUGCCGAAAGAGCUGUCCUGGGUCGGCCGGAAAGCUGGAGGCAGGUCAUCGCUCUUGUUCGUUGCCCAGGACCCCCAUGCAAUAAAGGCCCUUAUUGCUGGCGAGACGGGCAAACGCACUAUAAGUUGCUUAGCCAUCACUUGAAGAUGCUUGUUGAUGAGGUGCAGAAGGGCCACAGUAUGCAAACACACAAUGACAUUCCAGAACAUAUCCGAGAGGAAUUGCACGCGGAACAGCAGCAACAAGCCGAGCGCGAGCACAAGAGACGGCGACGGGAUUCAGACAGUUGCCCUACUGGCUUUCCAGUAAUCCAUAUUCAUAACGCUCCAAGUAAUGCUAAUGCCGGGGCUAGCUCUAGUAUCCUUUCCACACCUGAGAUGGUUUUCCCAACAUCGCCUACCUUUGACAUCCAGGGAUCUAGAGAGGACGCAGUAAAGGCUUAUGUGGUGUGGCAGUGUUCUAAGGUCAGCAGUCAGGAACAGAAAAGCUCCUACGACUUGGCUCAGAGCCUGACCUUGGAUCACGGCCUCUGUCUCUACAUGGUUUACACUAACCAGAGGAGCCUUAUAGAAAGUAGAGUAGGCUCUUUACAGACACAUGGUUAA